CGAAAACAUGGUGAUCGACCCCUUCCUGAUCGGGCCUGAUAAGAUGUGGGUGAUCGCGGAAGGACCUCGCGUUAAAUCGGGCCUUUCUUCCGCUUUUUCGGAUGCUAUGGCUUCUUGCCGGUCUGCUAUUAAAGACGGAAUGCAGGGUAUCACUGUACGCUACGGAACACAUCACCUAUCAUGUCCUAUUCAUCGAUUCCUGCUCCAGCUGUUGCCACCGCCAAAGAUGAGCGUUUGGGACUGCACAAAGUCAUGGCAGACGCCGCAAAUAGCUACCCUCGGAAACCUGUCGUAGGAUCAUGGCUGAUGCUUCCUGGUGCCUCUCUCGCACGAAUGACUGCCCAGAUGGGCUACGACUUCAUAUUGGUCGAUUGUGAACAUGGUGACAUAGCAGAUGCCGCGAUGCACGCGUCGGUUGGGGCUAUUGCUGCUCAGGGAGUCUCUCCCAUCGUACGUAUCCCAGCUCCCGAAAACUGGCUCGUGAAACGCACGCUGGACACUGGAGCUCAUGGAAUACUUUGUCCCAUGAUGUCCACCGUUGAUGAUGCUCGUGCACUCGUAUCCUACGCCAAAUUUCCCGCCCUCAAAGACAAACGGACGGCCGAAAUGGUAUCAGGUGUUCGGGGUGCAGGUUCACCAUUUGCUCCAGCUGCUUUUGGCAUGGGCAUGAGCGAGUAUAUUGCUACCGCUAACAGGAACACGUUCAUUGCCGUCCAAAUAGAGACAGUAGAAGGCUUGAGUAACUGCGAAGAAAUAGCCAAAGUUGAUGGCAUAGAUAUGCUUUUCGUUGGGCCGAAUGAUCUUGCUUCAUCAAUGGGGUACCCACCACUAGAGCACCCAAAUAUACCUGAGGUUCAAGAAGCCAUCAAGCGUGUCUUGGCUGCUGCCAAGGCAGCCGGCAAGUAUGCCGGUAUGUUCUGUACAGCGGCGGAGCAAGUGCAAGCCCGGUUUGAACAAGGCUUCGAUUUCAUGAACUUGGGAGCUGAUGUCAUUGCGUUGGGCGUGUGGAAUGCCGUCGAGUUAGGAAAGUUAAAGAAUAUACGACCAUAGAUAGACUCCAACAAUACAAUGCAUGCAUGCAUAGAAUACCUGUUCCAUUCAAACCGCUCAUG